AUGAUGGGAAAGAAAAAAGAUCUGUGUUUUUCAGAAUGUACUACGGAAUUUUCUAGAGAGGAAGAUAAAUCCAAAAAAGAAAGUAUAAUCGUGGAUGAAGAUAAUUUGGAUGAUUUAAUUAACAAGAUAGAGAAUGUAACGAUAUCUGAAAAAGGCAAAAUACCUAAAAAAAAAGCUGGCUCCGAGAAUAUUGAAAGGAGGAGAACGCAACUAAUAAAUGAGGUAGAAGUUGAAGGGAAGCAGGAAGUAAUUCACAUAAUUGAUGAAGAGUCAGAAACAGAACAACUUGAAGGCUUACUGUUUGACGAUUCAUUUUUCUCAAAAGUCCCGAUUUCAGAUUCUGAAGAUAAUAAUGAUCAAAUAAAUGAGAUUGACGAGGAGCAAGAUCAUAUGGAUCCUCCUUACCAAUUACAUGCUGGGUGGUACUGGAAUUCAAGUAAAAUCGAAUAUUAUUUAAAAAGUAAUUCAGGAAGAAUUAGGAGGAAGUUAUAUGUUUCACCAAAGAUAUAUGGAAAUUUAAGAGCGCAUCCACAUCAGUAUGAUGGUGUGAGAUGGAUGUGGAACAGAUUCAAAAGAAGUGAGGGAGGAAUAUUAGCAGAUGAAAUGGGACUUGGAAAGACUGUUCAAGUUUGUGUUUUUGUUGGGGCUUUAUAUAGGUCAGAAAUUGCAACUUUUAUACUAAUAGUACUUCCUGCUAGUUUAAUUUUACAAUGGAAAAAUGAGUUAGAUAAUUGGUGCCCAAAAAUUCCAAAAUUUAUUUAUCAUGGAGCUUCAAACCUACGAGAUGAAGCAUUAAAAAACUUGUAUUCAAGCAGAAUAGGUGGGAUUUUGAUUACUACUUUUGAGACAUUAAGAAAUGAUGUUCACAAAUUACGUAAUGUAAAUUUAAGAAAUGUUAAUUGUAAAUUUUUAAGGAACCAUUUAGGAACUAAAGUUACUCCUGAAGAUUAUUUCAAGGAAAUUUUACAAAAUAAAAAGUCGGAUGAUGACUUUAAUAUUCCAUGGGAUAUUGUGAUUAUGGAUGAAGCUCACAAAUUAAAGAAUUGUAAAACAAAACUUUUUAAGGAAGUACAAACCUUGAGAAGCUAUUGCAUUAUUUUGUGUACUGGUACUCCUUUUCAAAAUAGUUUAACGGAGCUUUGGUCAUUAAUACAAUGCGUUAAGCCAAAUCUACUUGGAAAGAAUAUCCAAGCAUUUAAUUACAACUAUGCUAGACAUAUUAGUAAAUUAAACAACAAGAAUAUACCGGAAAAAGAAAAGAAAGUUUCUGAAUUAACUAUUAAUAAACUAAAAUGUGUUAUUAAGCCUUUCAUAUUAAGAAGAACAAAACAAAUAGUUUCCAAUGUAAAAGUAGUUGACAGUAAUUUCGAAGCUCAGAAGCUCUCUAAUGAUCUUUUCAAGAUAAAAAAGUAUGAUAUUGUUUUGUGGCAUAAUCUAUCUAGAGAUCAGUCGGAAUCUUAUAUAGAAGUCCUGGAUAGCCACUUAAUUUCCAAAAUAAUUAAUAGAUCAGAUAUAAUUUCUCAAAAUAAGCAAAAAAAUGGAGAAAUUUUAGAAGUUAUUAUAUAUCUACUCAAAGUUUGUAAACAUCCCUUACUUCUACUCAAACCAGAAUUCCAGUCUUGGAGAUUUUUACUUAAAAACAAAAGACAAGAUAAGAUAGAAGAAGAUUACGAAGAAAUGACUAAUUAUAAGCUGGAAAACUUUUCACCUAAACAAGAAACAAGUAUACCUUCACAAAAUACCUUAAUAUUUAGUUCUGCAUCUAAACUGCCUCAGCUUGAUAUUGAGGUUCUAAGAGAACAAAGUACUAAGCUACAAAUACUUAACAUGGUCAUUCCUAAGCUCCUUAAGUCUAAUGAUAAUAAGAUCUUAGUGUUUUCGGAAAGCUUACUAAUGUUAGAUUUGGUGGAACUUACAAUCUUGAUUCCAAACAAAGUUGGGUGGGAAAGACUGGAAGGAAAACAGUCUCUGGAGGAACGUAACACCAGUAUCAGUUCAUUCAACAACAAUAAGGAAAAAAGGAUCUUGUUGUUAUCUAAGCAUAUUGGAUCUACUGGUCUUAACCUAACCAGUGCUAACAGGAUAAUUCUAGUAGAACCACAUUGGAAUCCUACUCUGGAUGAGCAGGCCAUAGGAAGAGCUUAUAGAAUUGGUCAAAAAAAAGACGUAAUCGUAUACAGGUUAAUAGCAGCCGGAACAAUUGAAGAUUGGAAGUUCAGACUACAACUACACAAGACUGGUUUGGCUAGGUCAUUUCUAGGAGGAGCUAAGCAGGAGAUUAAUUUCACAAAUGAAGAGCUGAAAUUCUUAUUUUCAUACUCUGAAAUGGACUCAAGAGAUAUUCAAGAAAUCAUUUUCAAGUUUAAUGUGAAUGAUAAACACUACGAAGUCCUCAAAAACGACAUUGAAGAUGAUUGCAUUAAAGAUAUGGAACCUUUCGUAAUGGCAUAUUUGGACUUUGAAAAUAUCCAAAGGUUUGAGUAA